UAAAAAAAACAAAAACAAAAAAAGAAAGAAAGAGAAGAAGGGAGAUGAGAGAAAAAAUGGAGGAGAUAAAGAUUUGGGAGGCUAAACAUAACUUACACAUAUACCCUUCUUCACUUAAAGCCAAUCCACACACUUCAUCUCUUUCGAGACCCUUCUUCUCCCUCUUCUCCUCAACUCCAUCUAGGGUUUUUUUCCUCUCCUUCAUCUCGCCGCACGUAACUUAAUUCUUUCAAAGGCUGUCUUGAAAUUUGAAGAUAAUGGAGCGAGCCUCUGAAGGUUCUCCCUCUACUUUAGCUGGCUUUAUGGAGAGGAGAAAGAGAAGCCCUUUGAUUCGUCGACCACGCGAUGUAAAAGAAAGCUUUCGUAGUUUCACCUUUCCACCACCCUCACCACAGCCAAACAUUGCUACUAGCAAUGAAGAUAACCCAAGUUUAAACACAUUGAAACUGAGGCUUAAGCUUGGAGGUGGUGUUACUCGUACUAUCCAAGCCAACUCAGAGACAAGUACUUAUACCAAAGCCACGAAAACUAUGCGUCUAGGAGAGAUAAACGGACCUCGAGUGAAUCCCUCUGAGGCUUUGAGAGGAGCAUCGAUGUCUGAGAAGAGAAAACAAGGUCUUAAGAAACGUUUGUUGGAUCCAGAACAAGACAGUGAUGAGGAGAUUAGAUACCUGGCAAAGCUGAAGUCUAAAAGGGUCACAAGGGACCACGUCAAUGUGGAAGACAAGCAUGAUGUCACUGAAAGGGAUAAGCUCAGUAUGGAAGGAUCAACUAGUCGACACAUUCCUACUACACGUACUCGAGCUCUCCAGUCUGUAAAAGAUCCGUAUUCUACCACCGGGUCGGGUCCUCUUGAGUUUCCUGAUGGCUUACCUUGCCCCUCUUCUAAAAGACAAAAGCAGAAGCUUUCUGAGGUAGAGCAACAAUCCAAGAAGGCUGAAGCUGCGCAGAGACGGCGAAUACAGUCUGAGAAGGCUGCCCAAGAAGCUGAGGCUGAAGCUAUCAGGAAAAUACUGGGGCAAGACUCAGGGAGAAAGAAGAAAGAGGAGAAGAUUAAAAAACAACAGGAAGAACGAGCUCAGGAGAGAGCUACAAGAUCAAGCACACUCCCAUCAGACACUAUCAGAUUGGUGAUUGGUCCGAGUGGAACAACUCUAACGUUUUCUGAAGACAUUGGCCUUCCAGAGAUCUUCAAGCCGAUUACUCACAGAUAUCCUCCUCCGCGUGAGAAAUGUGUGGGGCCAAACUGCGAGAAAGCAUACAAGUACAGGGACUCAAAGUCGAAGCUACCACUAUGCAGUCUCACUUGUUACAAGGCUAUUCAAGAGAAGAUGCAACAACAACCUUUGAUUCAUUGCUAAUUGCUUAACAGGUUUUUUUUGUCAGUGUAUUAUUUUAACGUUCGCCUACUUUGUUCAGUAAAAACAUGAAGUUUAGAUAUAUCUAUGCUGAUAACAGUUGAAAUGACUAAAUUUUAUUGUAAUCUUGAUUUUUGUUUCUUUUGUAAUUGUAUAACUGAU